AUGCCAGUGAAUAGCCCGUCUACGCAGAUUUACCAGGCUACGAAGUACAUGUCUUCCCCGAACUUGCCUCCAGUGGGAGCCCGGCUCCAGCGGCAGGACGGAGGGAUCAUUACCUCUCUAGAACAGCUCCAUGAAAAAAUCAACGAGAUGAGAGACGUGUUCAACUCGCUGGAGAACAAGUUGCAGGCAUUGGCCUCGGAGCUCAAAACUGGUUUCACAGAGGCAAUGCAAGAGCUUUCCAGAAUUCAACAUGGAGAGUAUGCUUUGGAAGAGAAAGUUAAGAGCUGCCGAUGCACGAUGGAGGAAAGAGUGUCAGAGAUGAAGAAUUCGUUGAAUUAUUUCAAGGAAGAGCUUAGCAAUGCCAUGUCAAUGAUCCAAGCCAUUACCACCAAACAGGAAGAAAUGCAACAGAAAAUUGAGCAACUUCAGCAGGAAAAGAGAAGAGAGUCUCGCAAAGUGAAAACCAAAAAAACACAAAAGGAAGAACAUGUGCCACCAGCUGGAGCCGCACCUACCCAAGGUAGUCCUUUCCGCUCAAUCAAUAUCCCUGAACCUGUUUUGACAAGUGAAGAUUUUACAAAUAUUUUGCCAACUCAGGCCUAUGAGAAAGUCCCAGAAUCCAGACCAGUUCAUGCAGGAGACAGUAAUGUGAAAGGAAUCAUGAGUCCUGGAGUGAAUGCAGCAACUCCUGAGGCAGAAGAAAACCUCAAGUCCUGCUUAUCUGCUGAUGUUCAGACCAAGGGUCCCCUGACCUCUGGGCUGUGGAGACAGCCCAAGGACAGUAAGGAAUGGAGUGAGGAGUAUGGAUCCAAGGAUCACCCAGAUAAACUGAAGGAAGCAGCCCAAGGCAGGCACAGCUCCUUAGAGAACGUUUUAUGUGAGACAUCUUUAUCUGCCAAAAGACAAACUGUGGCUCUGGAGCUGCUUGAAUCUGAACGAAAAUAUGUCAUCAAUAUAUCCCUGGUCCUGAAGAUCAAAGCAACGUUCCAGGGAUCUGAUGGGAAGAGGAGUACCAAGGAGAGAAGUCUUUUCCCAGGUUCCUUGAGGUACCUUGUCCAGCAACAUUUGGAUUUACUUCAUGCACUGCAAGAAAGGGUCCUGAAAUGGCCUCGACAAGGAGUCCUGGGGGAUUUAUUCCUUAAAUUGACAAAUGAUGAAAAUAAUUUCUUGGACUACUAUGUUGCUUACCUGAGGGACUUACCUGAAUGCAUUUCUCUGGUCCAUGUCGUGGUACUGAAAGAGGCUGAAGAAGAGAUUAAAUCUGACCUCUACACACUGUUUUUUCACAUAGUCCAGAGGAUCCCUGAAUACCUUAUUCAUCUGCAGAAUGUCCUGAAGUUCACUGAGCAGGAACACCCCGACUAUUAUCUGCUUUUGGUGUGUGUCCAGCGCCUCCGAGUUUUUAUCUCCCACUAUACCCUGCUGUUUCAAUGCAAUGAAGAUCUGCUCAUUCAGAAACGGAAAAAACUCAAGAAGUCAUCCAUGGCGAAGCUGUACAAAGGACUGGCUUCCCAGUGUGCAAACACCGGGCAGGACGCUUCCCCAGCUCCUGGUCCUGAGGCUGUCCGGGACAGUGGUGGGAUCCACUCCGAAGAGAUGCUACAGCCUUACCCUGCUGCCACCAGUCCUGGCUCAGCUGUCACACAUUUGAUGCCCCAAGCGAAGAAAAGUCACCAACAAACCUUGAUGGAGCACAUUCAGCCUGGGAAGCCCUGUGACUGGGAGAUGGAGGGUAGAAAACACGAGAGGCCGGAAAACCUCCUGGCCCCGACUCAGUUCUGUCCCACUGAGCAGGACUUGAAGGCUUUGGCAGCCCCGCUGCAGGCCAUCCCGGAGAUGGACUACGACCCCACCCUGCCCGAUGCCGUGGGCAACCUUGAAAGGUCCAUCAGAGCCCCAGCAGAGCUGCUGUCCGACACUCGCACCUUCGUCCCCAGCUACGAGGAGUUUGAGUAUGGCGGUGAAAUCUUCACCCUGCCGGCUCCCUACGAAGAGGAGACUUUUCAGAGCCUGCCUCUCUUCGAGGCCUGCUCCCCUGCUUCCUCUGAGUCCAGCCUGGACAUUUGCUUCCUCAGGCCGGUCAGCUUCACCAUGGAACCCGAAAGGACUGAACACUCCAUGCAGCCCCUGCCCAAGAGCGCCACGUCCCCCGUGAGCAGCAGCACGUACAAGCACGAGGCUGUCCACAGCAAAACGAAGCCGCUGAGUCGCUCCCUGAAGGAGUUUCCCCGAACGUCCACCUCGGAAGGCGUCACCACCAGACUGUACAGUACGAGGAGCAGCAGCGGCAGCCGUGUCCAGCUGAAACAAGAGAGGACUGCCCAGCCCCACAUCACAUCCACAGCUAGGAGCUCCCCAAGGAACUUCUUCCCCCCCCAGAGAACACAAAGUGAAAAACAGACCUAUUUGGAAGUAAGGAGGGAAAUACAUGUAGAAGAUAACACCAGAUUCUGUCCGAAGGAAGAGAGAGAAAGUGAACAGACAUCAUUCAGUGAUCAGCAUCCCAGCAGGCAAGACCAGAAAGGGGGCUUCCGCAGCUCCUUCCGCAAGCUCUUUAAAAAGAAGUCCAGUGGAUCAGAAUACAGGGAAAAAACUAAUGAAAACCCCUCAGUGGAUCCUUCACCUACCAAACAAGAUCUCUUCAGAAACCAACUUGCUCUUGCAAAUGACCCUGAACAAGGAACUGCUGUGUAAAACAUAUGUAAAGUUUUAUUGUCAAAUGGUGAGACAAAGAUGGACAGUGUCUGUGUGUAUACAUCUGUGCACGUAUAUCUAUAUGAAGUCUUAAUGUAUAAAUUAUUGAUGAAGAGCUAAUGAUCUAAAUAAUUUCAUUUGAAAACAAAUCAACUUGCAAAGUAUUGAUGAGAGAUGAAGACUAGUCUGUGAAUAAUGUUGAAUUUCAUGCCUGGACAUUUGUGAGAAAAGGAAUGAAGAAUUUGUGAGGCCUUCCUCAUUGAAAGA